AACCAGAGCAAUCGUAAUCGCAAGCAGUAGCGUAAAGCUCUUCUUCUUCCUCCUCCUCUCAAUUAGAGAAUGAAACGCUUCAUGAUGCCAAGAAAAGGAGACAUCGGAGAUCCGCAAUCGCCGAACCCUAGCUUGACUAGAUCCAAGUCCCAAGGGAAGAAGAUCAGAUCCGCCAAGGAGAACGCCCCGCCUCAUGAUCCGAACUCGUUGCCUCCUGAUUAUAGAUCUUCCCCCGCGAAACUGAAGAGUCAACUGCCUCCGCGUCCUCCCUCCUCCGCUAAUCCUCUCAAACGGAAGCUCAUCCCGGAAGCUGCGGCGGAUAACGGCGUAGCCGGGGUUUCUGAUUCUGGUGUAAAGGUUAUAGUCAGAGUGAAGCCUCCAAGCAAAGGUGAGGAAGAGGAGAUGACUGUUAAAAAGAUCUCAAGCGAUGCCCUCACAAUCAAUGGACAUACUUUCACUUUCGACUCAAUUGCUGACCCGGACUCAACACAGGAUGAUAUCUUUCAACUUGUGGGAGCGCCUCUUGUGGAAAACUGUCUGGCUGGAUUUAACAGUUCUGUCUUUGCCUAUGGACAGACUGGUAGUGGGAAAACGUAUACAAUGUGGGGUCCGGCAAACGGAUUGUUGGAAGAGCACCUGAGUGGUGACCAAAGAGGUUUGACUCCACGUGUAUUUGAACUGCUCUUCGCCCGUAUCAAAGAGGAGCAAGUGAAGCACGCUGAAAGGCAGCUCAGUUACCAGUGCCGCUGUUCUUUUCUUGAGAUUUACAACGAGCAAAUAACAGAUCUUUUGGACCCGAGCCAAAAAAAUCUGAUGAUUAGAGAAGGUGUCAAGUCCGGUGUUUAUGUUGAAAAUCUGACUGACGGAGAAGUGAAAAAUUUGAAGGAUUUGUCAAAUCUCCUGAUCAAGGGUUUAGCAAACAGAAGGACUGGUGCAACAAGUGUAAAUGCAGAGAGUUCAAGGUCGCACUGUGUAUUUACUUGUGUUGUUGAGUCACAUUGCAAGAGUGCUGCAGAUGGUCUAAGCAGCUUUAAAACAAGUAAAAUAAAUCUUGUUGAUCUGGCUGGUUCCGAGAGACAAAAAUCAACUGGUGCAGCAGGAGAACGGUUGAAGGAAGCUGGGAAUAUCAAUCGAUCACUUUCUCAACUUGGGAAUUUGAUCAACAUUCUCGCAGAAGUUUCACAAACCGGGAAGCAAAGGCAUAUACCAUACAGAGAUUCCAGGCUGACAUUCCUAUUGCAGGAGUCUCUUGGUGGGAAUGCAAAACUAGCCAUGGUUUGUGCGGUAUCUCCCUCGCAAAGUUGUAGAAGUGAAACGUUCAGCACUUUGAGGUUUGCUCAGCGUGCAAAGGCGAUUCAGAACAAGGCCGUUGUCAAUGAAGUGAUGCAGGACGAUGUAAAUUUCUUGCGGGAAGUCAUACGCCAGCUGAGGGAGGAAUUGCAUAGGUUGAAGAACAAUGGAAACAAUCCAGCCAAUCCAAAUGCAGCUUAUACCGCUUCCUGGAAUGCACGUAGAAGUAUGAGUUUGUUAAGAAGCUUUGGCCUGAGUCAUUCAAAGUCAUUAGCCAAUGGAGAUGAUGAUGGAGAUACUGAGAUGGAAAUUGAUGAGGAGGCUGUUGAAAGGCUUUGUGCUCAAAUAGGCUUGCAGCCAUCUCUACCUGCCGAGGAGAACAAUCAAGAGACGAGCAGAGUAGAGAGAAUAAAUUCAUCCGUACAAACUGUGGCCCGUAAGGAUGAAAAUAACGAGAACUCUCACCUUCAAUCAUCUGACGGCGAAUCUACAGGAAAGCAGUUUCCUGAGGAUACAGAUGUUAACAUGGAGGAUGCAAGUUGCCAAACUGAGAACCACGAAGCAGUUACUAUUAAUAAUGUGUCAACAGCCGUGCAAGCUAUGGAUCAUGGUUCAAGUUUACAGCCUCCUUUGAUAACCAUUUCUUCUGGUUCUCCUAUUAGUGAUACACACUAUAAAAGCUCAGCUGGCAAGGCAGAGAAUCUUCCAUCCUGCCAAAACUUGGUUCCUGGAGCUCUUGUUUCCGCCAUUGCACCAGAUGCUUCACAUGAUACAGAGCUUUUAUCAGUAAACCCUGUGUCACCUUGCCUCAGCAUAGAUCCAGUAAGUGCUUCUCCUGUACUAAUAACUCCCACUGAGAGCGUCUCUCCCAGGAUUAGGAAUAGCAGGAAAAGCUUGAGGACAUCAUCAACGUCCACUGCAUCACAAAAAGAUAUUGAAAGAGCAAACCAAGUAACUACAGAAAUCAUGGAGCCUUCUUCAACUGUGUCUACAGAGAUGUUAAACCUACCCAGUGCUUUGUCCACACAGAAAAGUGCAGCUUUUCAUGUGCCAACUAACCAAUUGGCGGCUAGCCUCCACAGAGGAAUGAAAAUUCUUGACUCUUAUCGCCAGAGUACUGCUCAGAGACGAUCGACAUUUGGGUUCUCCUACAAAGCUCUAGAAUGCAAGCCGUCAACGGUUUUAAGCAAGGCUGAUGUAGGUGUACAAACUUAUCCCGAAGCUGAUAUAAUAGGUGAAGAGAACCCAAAAGAAGUAUUGUGCAGUAAAUGCAAAGCCGUAGCAGAAUGUGUUGUCCAAGAAACAAGUGACAUUUCAAACCUUCAGUUAGUACCUGUUGAUAACUCAGAAAAGUCCAAUUUCCAAGUUCCCAAGGCAGUGGAAAAGGUUGUAGCAGGGUCUAUCCGAAGAGAAAUGGCUCUGGAAGAGUACUGCACCAAGCAAGCCUCUGAAAUAUCACAGCUUAAUCGGCUGGUACAACAAUACAAACAUGAGAGAGAGUGCAAUGCCAUCAUAGGACAAACACGGGAGGACAAAAUUGUUCGUCUUGAAAGCCUCAUGGAUGGUGUGUUAUCUAAAGAUGAUUUCCUGGAUGAAGAAUUUGCAUCUCUCAUGCAUGAGCAUAAGCUUCUGAAGGACAUGUACGAGAACCACCCUGAAGUAUUGCAGACAAGGAUUGAGUUGAAACGAGCACAAGAAGAGCUGGAAAGUUUCAAGAACUUCUACGGUGAAAUGGGAGAGAGGGAAGUGUUACUGGAAGAGAUCCAAGAUUUAAAGGCGCAGCUAUACUGUUACACCGACACUUCUCUUACAUCGUCUCGGAAAAGAGGUUCCCAUCUUAAACUGACAUACACAUGCGACCCUAAUCCUGAUCCUCCACUUAAUGCCAUUCCUGAGUCAAUGGACGAGAGUCCUGAGAAGACAUUAGAACAGGAAAGACUACGUUGGACAGAAGCAGAGAGCAACUGGGUCUCUCUAGCUGAGGAAUUAAGAAACGAGCUCGAUACCAAUAGGAAGCUAAUGGAAAAGCAGAAACGUGAACUGGAUACCGAGAAAAGAUGUACAGAAGAGUUGACGGAAGCAAUGCAGAUGGCGAUGCAAGGUCAUGCACGGAUGAUUGAACAGUACGCAGACCUGGAAGAGAAGCAUAUGCAAUUGCUUGCAAGGCACAGGAUGAUCCGAGAAGGGAUAGACGAUGUUAAAAAAGCAGCAGCCAGAGCAGGAGUCAAGGGAGCAGAGUCAAGAUUCAUAAACGCACUUGCAGCAGAGAUCUCAGCGUUGAAAGUGCAAAGAGAGAAAGAGGCACAAUACUUCAGAGAUGAGAACAAGAGUCUCCAGUCACAACUAAGAGAUACAGCUGAAGCUGUUGAAGCAGCAGGAGAGUUACUUGUUCGACUUAAGGAAGCUGAAGAAGGAUUGAAAAUCGCUCAGAGACGGGCAAUGGAUGCAGAGUAUGAAGCAUCAGAAGCAUAUAAACAGAUUGAUAAACUGAAGAGGAAACAAGAAACUGGAAUCAGCACUCUUAACCAACAACAACACAUUGCAGAGUCACACAAUCACAUAGAAUCUUUACAUGGCGAUGAUAUGGCUAAAUAUGAUGAGCCAGUGGAAGAACCAUCAGCGAGUUCAGGAGAUCAGAAAUGGAGAGAAGAGUUCGAGCCAUUGUACAAGAAAGAUGCAGAAUUGGCUAAGCUCGCCGAACCUUCUUGGUUCUCAGGGUAUGACCGAUGCAACAUAUAGUUUCUUUUCCACAACGUAUUGUUUUCUUGUAAUGUGUAUAUAAAAACGAAAAUCAGAAAAUGUUGGGUCUGAUCUGAUAUUAAAGUUUGCAAACCUGUCAUUGUAGUUCUUAUAUCCUAUAAACUCAC